AUGAUCUCAAAGGUUAUAUUUAUGACUGCUGUCAUCGCGUUAGCUGCUGCACGACCACAACAUGGUGAUUACCACUCACAAGGCAUUUCAUCCCAGUCUCUUGUGCUUCACCAAAGUGGUCACGAGCAGCAGCAACAGCACAUCCAACAUGGACAUGAGGAACACCACGAAGAUUACUAUGCCUAUCCCAAGUAUGCGUAUGAGUACUCCAUAAAGGACCCGCACACUGGUGACUACAAGACCCAGCACGAGACCCGCGACGGUGACGUUGUUAAAGGGUUCUACUCGCUGCAUGAGGCUGACGGUACAGCGAGUACACAGCCGAUAAACACAACGGCUGCUGCACGACCACAACAUGGUGAUUACCACUCACAAGGCAUUUCAUCCCAGUCUCUUGUGCUUCACCAAAGUGGUCACGAGCAGCAGCAACAGCAGAUCCAACAUGGACAUGAGGAACACCACGAAGAUUACUAUGCGUAUCCAAAGUAUGCAUAUGAGUACUCCAUUAAGGACCCCCACACUGGUGACUACAAGACCCAGCACGAGACCCGCGACGGUGAUGUCGUUAAAGGAUUCUACUCGCUGCAUGAGGCUGACGGUACAGUGCGCAUCGUCGAGUACACAGCCGACAAACACAACGGAUUCAACGCCGUAGUGAAACGCGAAGGUCAUGCAAAGCACAUCGUUCCUGAAAAAAGUCACCAUUGA